UGUCAGAUGGGAGUAAGUAAAGUAAAAGUAGAACUAGGCCUAGGGUUUUAAAUUUCCCUUUGAUGUCUCUUCCAUGUCAAAAUUGACUUUAAUAUAAAAUAACAUUAAAAUGAGUGUUGAAGUUCAUCCCCUAACAAAUAACCCAACUGCUGCUUGGAAAGAAUUGAGCCAGUCUCAGAAGGUUAUUAAAAUCCAUGUCAACAUCCCUAAAGAAAAAGUAAGCCAAAAUAAGGCUCGAGUUGUUUGUAUGAGUGACACACACUCUUUAACUUCUCACAUCAAGUUUGAUAUUCCUGAUGGCGACAUUUUCAUACACGCUGGGGAUUUUACAAAAUGUGGAGGAUUAGAAGAAGUUAUUGAUUUCAACAAUUGGAUAGGCGGCCUGCCACACAAACACAAAAUUGUGAUAGCUGGGAACCACGAGCUCAGCUUUGACCGGACGUUCACACAUCCUCUGAGCCACUCUCCCAGUGACGGCUCUAGAGGAGGCAGCAUCAUAGACCAGAUCCCCACGCUGGGUCUGCCCAAGGACAAUAUCGCGGAGGCUGUGAAGAUGCAGAACAUCAAGGAGUGUCUGACGAACUGCACCUACUUGCAGGACCAGGCGAUAGGAAUAUACGGGCUGAAUUUCUACGGGUCGCCGUGGCAGCCGGAGUUUUGCAAGUGGGCGUUCAACCUGCCUCGAGGUGAAGCUUGCCUCAGCAAGUGGCAGCAGAUUCCAGACAACACCGAUGUACUCGUGACGCACACGCCACCCAUAGGACAUGGUGACCUGUGCUGCUCGGGUGUCCGCGCAGGGUGUGUGGAACUGCUGGCUACUGUACAACAGAGGGUCAGACCUAGGUACCACAUUUUUGGACACGUCCAUGAAGGUUAUGGUGUGUCUUCAGAUGGGCGGGUGAUCUACAUUAACGCUUCAACCUGUGAUGUCAACUACUUACCGAACAAUCAACCAAUAGUGUUUGACAUAAGCCUACCUCCUGGUGCAACGAAGGAUUGAACAGUAUAAUUUAUUUUGAUGUUUUACAUGUGCUUGAUAAUCCACAAAGAAAUCCGUGUAUGUGAUAGGCUGCUUUAUGGCAUCUUAGGAUAACGAUGGCAACAACGCAUGGUUACCGAUUCAACUGAAGCCGUGUUUGAGCUACCUUCUUCACAUAGCAUGUUUACUUGUUGGAUCAGCUGUUUAGAUGUAAGUGUUACAUCGCCUCCCUACCUGGCCAUCACAAUUACUGAUGAAUCGUUUGCAUCAAAAUCACAAAUAAGUGAUCUCGUACGUUUAAUUGCUGCAAAGUCAUAUAUUUUCUAGACCUUGUGGCUACCUAACAAGGUCUAGAAGAGACACUUUGAUGAUAUUACAAUGUUAUAUUAAUAUUUUUUUAAUCAGUGUUAAGGUGAGAAGUCGUGAGAUUUUUUAAACGAAUAAGUGUUUGACGAGUGUAUUUUUUACUUGUAGAUAACUAGGAGGCUCUGGGAAAAAAUUGAAGUAUUGUACAAACAUGUUUUAAAAACAUUCCUUGGUAAAAUGAAAGGCACUUACUAAUAUUUUGUAAUUUUUGUUUUUACAAAUUACAACGACUUUAUAUUUGACCAGCACAGAAUCACAUAGUAGCUCUUAUUAGUUAUUCUGCAUUCAAUCUUGAAUUUAUUCGGUUUGGUACGCUGGUGCCGUGUCCACUCUGAGCGGUAAAUGUUCCAAUCAGAGCAAAAUUAGUUUUACUCUGUUAUGGUGAAUUUCAUUGGCUGACAAAGUUUUAAGGUUUGAAAAGGAGCCAACUGGUGUAGUUUAUUACUUUCAUCAAUUGAAAUUGUAAGUGGAACCUCGAUAACAAGUCAACCUUAACCAGUGUCAUUUCAUUUUCAAAUUCCCUUAAAUUUAUUUUACCCCUACGUGUUAUUCUAAACAUUGUUAAGAAGUCAACCUUGAUAAAAAGUCUUAUUUAAUAAUCCUUAUGAGAGUCUUUUUAUCGAGGUUGCACUGUAUUUCUAUACAAAAAAAGUACAAUCAAAUACUGCAAUAUUUGCUAAAAAAAACUUUUGUAUCAGCUAGUAUAAGAUAGUAAAAUAGUUACUUCAAAUCGAGAAUCAUAUCAUAAAUGAGAAACAAAGAUUUACUGAAGAGAAUCUAUAUAUACAUUAACAUCACGUAUAUUAACAUCACGUUUUGAUGUGUGUUGAUCAGAUGGUGCAAUGAAUACUCUCACUCACUUAAAUUUAUCUCUCUUUGUCUUUGGCCUAUUUUUGUGAUUGUAUACCAUGAUUUGAUUUGCAGUGUGUAAUUUACAAAUUUGAAUGUUUUUUGUACCUUUUGUAGGUUAUUUGUGAUCAGUAUUGUCCCUGCGUAAGCAUUAGAGUUACCAUUUAGGAUUUUAAUUUUACUAUAUGGAUGUUGGAACGGAAUAAA